AUGGAUGCACGCUUCAAGGCAAUACCGGACUAUCCAGGUCUUCGGCACUUCAAAAAAGGAAUAUCAGCAGUAAAACAAUGGACAGGCACGGAACACAAACAAAUGCAACGUGUUUUCAUAGGGUUACUUGCCGGCGCUGUCCCAAGCUCCAAACACACACAUCUGACACCCUUGAAUAUCUGGAGAACGCCCUUGCAGUAUUUCACGCCAACAAGGAUAUUCUGCACGAACUUGAUGUUCGUGAACAUUUUAAUAUUCCUAAACUACACCAACUCUCGCACUAUGUCCAAUCAAUCUCGUUGUAUGGUACCACUGACGGUUUUCAACACGGAACUUCCGGAACGCCUCCAUAUCGACUUCGCUAAGGAAGCCUAUCGGGCUAGCAACAAGCGGGAUUACGAGGAACAAAUGGCUCUGUGGCUUCAACGCCAGGAAGCCGUGUUCUUGCACAAUUCCUAUCUCGAAUGGCUGUCUGUGCAGUCUCAGUCAGCCACCAUAGCUGGUCAUGCUGACCAUGAUGACAACAUUGAUUCAGGCUCGGAUUCCGAGAUGGAAGACUUGCAAUUUGAGUCUCGCGCUGCCCCCGCCAAAGCACCUCCUGUCAUUGGGCAAUGCUCCUGCGCACCCUCGGACAUCCGUUCAGCAGCUCAUCACUGCACAUGGCGCAGUCUCAUUUCUCCCAGCCCUCAAACUCUUCUUACACAAGCAUAUGCCACAAAAUCAGCAUUGUCCCUGGUCCACAAGAUCGUUUUGACGUUUUCCGGCAAGUUGUCAUUGUCGCUCCGCCGGAUCCGUGGAGCAACACCCGAAGUACCUCCUGGUCCUGGCCGGAAGCCAGGAUCCCCUGCCAAAUUUGAUAUGGCGCUGAUCAACAAUGGUGCUCAGACCACAAAUGUACAGACAUUAGAUGGCGCACAAGUGGCACAAGUCCAUGUCAUUUUCACACUGCCUCGUCAGUUCGGGACGUAUUCUCGAGCUUUGGCUUACAUUGAAUGGUUCACGCCAUUCAGGGAGCCGGACCCCUUCUCUGGCCUGCUUCAGGUAUCUGAAGGCAAUCAACAAGGAGAAAUCAGACCAGAAGUCCUCGAAAGAACAACAGACUACAAUUAUAGUGAAAACAUAGCCUCGAUAAAGACCGCUGACGAUAUCCGGCUGCGGGAUGGUGGGACACUGUCACGCAAACACGUACUAUCGGGUCCACGACAGUACCGUAAUGCGAAGAAACAUCUUGAGAAUGGCGGAAGCGGAAAGGGUUGCAACAAGUCGCCCGACUACAACCGUGAGCCUCACAGGCGAGACACAAUGUAUACCCGUGGCAUACUGAUACUACAGUUAAAUGAGUUGUAUCUGCGCGAAGGAAAAAAUGGGUCGUACAUACCUCCCUUGCAUUACUAUGAGCGGCGCAGAACGACCUGA